AUGACAGCAUCCUAUCACUCUGUGGCGAGGUUCCGGGAUGCUCCAUACAGCCUCGCCGCGGUGGGGUAUUCUGAUGUCUUCCUCAAGUCCCGGCACAACUUUGGCUUUCCGGAUACCUACUCCACAAAAAGGCUGGGCGCGCCCCGGACACGCACCACCGGCAGCGGACGAUGCGCUGACAAACUGACGACAGUUCUACAGGCAGCACCCUCCCACUCCCGGGCCUCGCCAAACCUCGCGAUACCGUACCCCUCCCGCAGGUUCGCAGUCCAAACGGUUCAGCGGACCUGGAACCUUCUAAACUCCUGCGCACGCGCUCUAUGGCCCUUAACGUCCCGGUUCCGCCCUUCCCUGGUCACGCCCUUCUCGUUAGGGAGCUCCCCGCCCCCACGCCACGCCAAUCAUCACUUCUUUCCUGGGGCGACCUCGCAACAGGCCUCUGAUUGGCUGAUCUUGUGCGAACGCCACAGAAAGGCGGUGACGAUAGGCUGGGAGCCGGUUGCAGCCUUCCCGCAGGAUGCGCGGAAGGUGAUUGGUCGACACCGUUACCCAAUCAGCGGCGGGCUGUCGGAUUCAAACCUGGCUCGUUCGGCUUACGGUCGGUUGGUCUCAGUCGAGUCGUUGCUUUCACCUGACGCAGACGUUCCCUCACCUGCGCCCUGUCUUCGUGCCGCGUCGCUCUAG